GCACUAUAAUAGAACCUUUGUCUCCCUUUAAUAAUGAGUGUUUCUACUUUCUCCUUCACGACAACUUCCUCCACUAAUCUAAAACUUAAGCAUACGGUUUUGAAACACAAUUCUUUUGAUUUAUUUAAAUCAUCCUCUCCUUCUCUGCUACUUCCCAAGCUCUAUUCUUUAUUUUCAAAUAAAUACCCGUGACCAGACAUAAGUUCUCUCCAUCUAUAUUAUUGUCCAAGAUCAUGACAUGUCCCAACAGUCCAAAACUAUAAAGUCUCGUCCUUUGUAUUGGAUUUUUGCUCUGGAUUUCCUCCAUUAAAAUUCCUCAGAUACUAAAACUUUAGAAAACAAAUUAGAUCUUUUUUGUUGAAUUGGAGUUUGCAAGCAUGUCUUUUCCAUGGAAGAAAUUGAAGAAGACAAGUAUAUGUCGAUUGGUGAAGGAACAUAUUCGUUCUCACAGGAAUGGUGGAUCUCCUCUUAUAGUAGAAACUGGUUUCCCUACUUCCCUUAUAGAUCUUUUUGUCAAGAAUCGCCAAAGGUUCAUUAAACCUUCCAAGAAAAAGGUAGCUAAGUCCACUUUCAGCUCUCCUUCUUCUCUGAGUUUGCAUUUGGCUUCUCCUAUGGCACCAGCCACUUACACAAUCAAUAAGGGGUCUCAGUUAAAGGGUUGCCAGGAAAAAGGUGAAAGAUUUGAUGUUGAUACAAAUCAGGUGUUAAUAGCACUUGUGAAGAUCUUUCUGGUGGUGGUUUUAGUUUUAGGAGCAAAGAACUUUGUUAUGGGGAUAACCAUGUCAGCUAUAUUGUUGUGUUUCUUGGAAUAUUCGUAUAGAUGGCUCAUUCCUUGUUCAGGAGCAAAAAGGAGGAUUCUUUUUAUGGUACAGUGGGUUUGGACAUUCAUUGGAGGCAAAAUGAUUGAGUUAGAAAAAGAUGACUGUGUUUUUAAAGCACCAUCAGAGUUGGCUAAUCAAGGUGUCAAGGAGAAAACUUAUGAGUCAAGUAGGGAUAGAAAACUGGAUGAAGGAAUGGACUCAGAGAGGAAAGAAGAGGAAUUGAGGAGUGAAUUGUUGGAAUCCAAGAAAAAGAAAUCUCAUAAAUCUAAUAUGAAAUCCAAGAUGAAGAAAUUUCUUUCAAACAAGUUGAGAAAGAAGAUAAGUUCAAUGAUUGUCAAGUGAAAGUAAACAAGUUUUGCUCAAAAAAUCUAACUAGAAUAGUUCAACUUAUUCCAAGAAAGCUGUGAAUUGCAGAUAUUUAGAUAGUUUAGUUUGCUUCUUAUGAAGUGCUGAUUAAGCCUUGGUAGAAUGAUCAACAUUUGGUUAACCACUUAACUUAGAGGUUUUGUAUUAGGAGUAUAUUUUUUAAAUCUCUGAUACAUACAAGAUUAAGUUGUUUUAGGUUAAAAGUA